GAAUUUUAUCGGAGAAAGACCGGCCGGUCACAAGGAAAACGAAACAAAAAAGAGCCGCAGCGGUCGUCUUAAAGCCCUUGAAAAGGAUCCAGAGAGAGGGGGGAAAGGGAAAACAAACAGCAGCCACCAGCCCAACCACUUGUGUCUUCUACCACCCCUUCCUCUACCUCUCUUGCCCACCACCCCACCAGCCCACGCUGCUUGGGACUUGCAAAAUCUGGCCGAAGGACCGUCACCACAUAACUGCAAAAAAUAAUCAACCACCAUCCCUGCCCCCCAACCCAUCCAAAAUCCACUCAUCCAGCGUUUACUUUUUCUUUUUUGAAUCCAUUCAACUUUUUUGUCUUUUCCUGCGACCCCCCUCCCUAAACGGAGUUGGGUGGGGGGAAAUAUGAAUACUGAAUUGGCCUUGCUUUUUCAAGAGACUUUUUGAUCCAAUGAGGCCCCCCAAAUAAUCGGGUUUUGGGUCCUGGUUGGUUGUUUUAUUUUUUUCUCUCCAAAGUUUUAACCCCGUAAUCCCCCCCUUCCCCUGAGUCCGAGGUGCUGACGUCGCAUAAAAAUUGGAUAAAACCUCAAUCAUGGGUUCCGGUCCUAUAGACCCCAAAGAGCUGCUCAAAGGUCUGGAUAGCUUCCUUAAUCGAGAUGGAGAAGUCAAGAGUGUGGAUGGGAUUUCCAAGAUCUUCAGUUUAAUGAAGGAAGCACGAAAGAUGGUGAGUCGAUGCACUUACUUGAACAUUCUCCUGCAGACUCGUUCAUCAGAAAUAUUGAUCAAAUUUAUUGAUGUUGGUGGCUAUAAGCUUCUCAAUAAUUGGCUCACAUAUUCCAAGACAACCAACAACAUUCCCCUCUUGCAGCAAAUCCUACUGACUCUGCAGCACCUACCACUCACUGUGGACCAUCUCAAGCAGAACAACACAGCCAAACUGGUGAAACAACUGAGCAAGUCAAGUGAAGAUGAAGAGCUUCGAAAAUUGGCCUCAGUCCUUGUCAGUGACUGGAUGGCUGUCAUCCGCUCCCAGAGCAGUAUCCAACCUGUUGAGAAAGAUAAGAAGAAGCGUAAAGAAGAGGGAAAGAGUCGAACCACUCCUCCUGAGAGACCUUUAACGGAAGUGAAGACUGAAACCCGGGUAGAGGAGGCCCCAGAGAAGAAGAAAGAGAAGCCCAAGUCCCUUCGAACCACAGCUCCUAGUCACGCCAAGUUUCGUUCCACUGGACUUGAGCUGGAGACCCCAUCUUUGGUGCCUGUGAAGAAGAAUGCCAGUGCAGUGGUUGUUUCUGACAAGUACAACCUGAAGCCCAUCCCUUUGAAGCGUCAGAGUUCUGCAGCUGCUCCAGGAGACACUGUGCCUCCUGUAGAGAAGAAAUACAAGCCACUCAAUACAACACCUAAUGCCACCAAAGAGAUCAAAGUGAAGAUCAUCCCACCACAACCUAUGGAGGGCCUGGGCUUCCUAGAUGCACUCAAUUCAGCUCCUGUUCCAGGCAUUAAAAUUAAGAAGAAGAAGAAAGUGCUGUCACCUACAGCUGCCAAGCCAAGUCCAUUUGAAGGGAAAACGAGCACAGAACCAAGCACAGCCAAACCUUCUUCUCCCGAACCAGCACCUCCUUCUGAGGCUAUGGACAUAGACCGUCCAGGGACCCCAGUUCCUCCUAUUGAAGUUCCAGAGCUUAUGGAUACAGCCUCUUUGGAGCCAGGAGCUCUGGAUGCAAAGCCAGUGGAAAGUCCUGGAGAUCCAAGCCAGCUAACACGGAAAGGCAAGAAGAGGAAAACUGUGACCUGGCCCGAGGAGGCCAAGCUGAGAGAAUAUUUCUACUUUGAACUGGAUGAAACUGAACGAGUGAAUGUGAAUAAAAUCAAGGACUUUGGUGAGGCUGCGAAGCGAGAAAUCCUGUCAGACCGACAUGCAUUUGAGACUGCCCGGCGUUUGAGCCAUGACAACAUGGAAGAAAAAGUGCCCUGGGUGUGCCCCCGACCUCUAGUCCUGCCCUCACCUCUUGUCACCCCUGGAAGCAAUAGCCAGGAACGAUAUAUCCAGGCUGAGAGGGAGAAAGGAAUCCUCCAGGAACUCUUCCUGAACAAAGAAAGUCCUCAUGAACCUGAUCCUGAGCCCUAUGAACCUGUACCCCCAAAACUCAUCCCCCUGGAUGAGGAAUGUUCCAUGGAUGAAACUUCCUAUGUUGAGAGCCUGGAACCUGGCGGUGCUGGUGGCUCACCUGAUGGUGCAGGCGGCUCCAAAUUACCUCCUGUUUUAGCCAACCUUAUGGGCAGCAUGGGUGCUGGAAAGAAUGCUCAGGUUCCUGGAGGAGGAGGCAUCAAUGUCCAGGAGAUCCUCACCUCCAUCAUGGGCAGUCCAAAUAGUCAUCCCUCAGAGGAAUUGCUGAAACAACCAGACUAUUCCGACAAGAUUAAACAGAUGCUGGUGCCACAUGGACUCUUAGGACCUGGUCCAAUAGCCAACGGUUUCCCACCAGGUGGCCCUGGGGGUCCCAAAGGCAUGCAGCACUUCCCUCCUGGUCCUGGAGGACCUAUGCCAGGUCCUCAUGGAGGCCCUGGUGGGCCAGUGGGUCCACGUCUUCUGGGUCCUCCACCCCCUCCUCGUGGGGGUGAUCCCUUCUGGGAUGGUCCUGGUGACCCCAUGCGGGGUGGCCCAAUGCGGGGAGGUCCAGGACCUGGUCCUGGACCAUACCAUAGAGGCCGUGGUGGCCGAGGAGGAAAUGAACCUCCUCCACCUCCACCUCCAUUUCGAGGGGCCAGAGGAGGUCGCUCUGGAGGAGGACCGCCAAACGGACGAGGAGGCCCUGGUGGGGGAAUGGUUGGAGGUGGUGGGCACCGACCUCAUGAAGGCCCUGGUGGGGGCAUGAGCAGCGGAAGUGGACAUCGUCCCCACGAAGGCCCUGGAAGUGGCAUGGGUGGUGGACACCGCCCCCACGAAGGCCCUGGCGGUGGCAUGGGUGGCGGCGGACAUCGCCCUCACGAAGGUCCCGGCGGUGGAAUGGGCAGUGGCAGUGGCCAUCGUCCUCAUGAAGGCCCAGGCGGUGGCAUGGGAGGAGGCAGUGGACACCGACCCCACGAAGGCCCUGGUGGGAGCAUGGGUGGAAGUGGUGGACAUCGUCCCCAUGAAGGUCCUGGACAUGGGGGACCCCAUGGCCACCGACCUCAUGAUGUCCCCGGUCACCGAGGCCACGACCAUCGAGGGCCACCCCCUCAUGAGCACCGUGGCCAUGAUGGCCCUGGCCAUGGAGGAGGGGGUCACCGAGGGCACGAUGGCGGCCACAGCCAUGGAGGAGACAUGUCAAACCGCCCUGUUUGCCGACAUUUCAUGAUGAAGGGCAACUGCCGCUAUGAGAACAACUGUGCCUUCUACCACCCGGGUGUCAAUGGGCCCCCUUUGCCCUAGGGACCACCUGCCUACCCUACCCACACACACCCCUGUGGACUGCAGCCUUGCUCCUUCCACCCUGUUAUGGCUUCUGUGAGGCCCAUUUACCCCUUUCCCAGCUGAUGAGGAGCCAGCCCCUCAGUUCCCACCUGUUUGGGUUCCUGGGGGUUUUCUGAUCACUGGUGCACAUUGAUGUACAUAUUUUCCUCCAGUCUGGGGAGGAGAGAGACUGGACACAUACUGUACCCUGGACUGCUGAAGAAGAGACCCAGUUGGCUUCACUUUUUGAGGAGAUUUGCCCUGUCCCCUAACUCAUUUCCAGUAUUACCUUUCCGCCUGAGAACCUAACGCUGGUUAUUGUGGAGAUCACCUCUGCUCUCCUACUGUGGGCCCUCCACAUGCACACAACUCUGACAUGGGAUCAGCUGCACUUAGGAAAUCCUCCCUGCCACACUAUUGCCCCCUGGGGUGGGGAGAUGAAGGGAUAGAGUCUAUCCCACUGCACUGAGAGGACUCAAUCAGGCUGGACUUGAGUUCUGGAACACAUCGGCCCCACUCCUCCCUGACACAAGCUUUAUGUUCUGGGUCUUCAAGAUUUCGACCUUCCGUGAAUACACAUGUUUGCUGGGUUCAAUGAUGGCAAAUUCACGUCUGCAUACAGUGAGGUUUAAUUGGCAGGGUGAGGCCGGUCAUGGGUCUACGCUUGCCUGCAGAUCAUUGUUGAAACAUACAUUUGCGAGAGCAGCUUUUCAUCAACUUGAGCCUGGCAUGCUGGGCCUGAUAGUCACACUACAUGCACUGCCUAUGGAGUUUGCGCACUCCUUGUCCCCGCCCAGAACCUGUCUGGAUGAGGUCCCAGCCACCUUGCUCUGGCAGCAUCUCUGAAUCCCAGCCAGGUGCCUCCCUGGGAGGGUUCAAUGAGGUGCCCUGCCCUUCCAUAGCCCACCCUUUACGUGUCUCGGCUUCAAUUGUUUUCUAUGAAAACAGUGGACUGGUUGGGGUUUGUGCAGGGUCUUGGGUUAGAGCCACAAUGGAUUUGAGGAUGAGUAUUUUCUUUUUCUUUGGUUUUGUAUAUUUUGUACAUUAAUAAUAAACAGUGGAAAGAGAA